AUGGUGGAGUUCGUGUUCGUAUUUGGUGCUCAUUCCUGGCUGAAAAAUAUAAUGGGUGGGUUAAUGUCGCUGCAAGACGAGCAGAUCAAAAGCGGACUACAUGUGUCGUUUCAAGGUCACGAAGGUGUGGUAGAGCGGUUGUUUCUACAGGGGUUUUCACUGCGUCAAUACGACAAAGGGUUGGCUUACAUACCCAACAGCAUUAUGCUGGAGAACUCGAUGACAGUGCAGAGCAAGAGUCUGGAUCGACGCCGUGUCGUUCCUGUGCAUCUAAGUCACUCGACACCCACGACAAUACUUCGUCUUUUCAUCCAAGAGCUGGAUAAUCUUCUGACGCAGCACAUGAUUGAUCGUCAAACGAAUACAAAAGGGGACGUGCUGGGUCUCGAGAAGCCCAAAGGUGGCUGGGAUGUGAUGAAUGUGUACGAGCACAGCAAGAAACUUUCGAUCGAAGAGACGCAGUCGCCAGGGCGCUUCUGGAUCAGCAUCGAGGCGCCAUACCUUGUGCAUGUUGUGUAUUACUCCCAGGAGCGGCACAUAAAGGGAAUCCUAGCCGAGAAGACCGAGAUCGUGCUUCAGAUUACUGAGAUGGUGGCCAAACUCAAGCUGAAUCUGCAUGGGGAAGAAGGUGAAAUCAGUCCGCCGUUGGUAGGGAACCGUCGACGUGGGCGAGCAACUCAAGCCAGCGAACCAAUCGGACGGCGGGUCUUCAAUGAGCGCAAUAUGUUACGACAUCGUCGACCUCACGCCGACCUGGUAUAA